CAGCUUGCCCUGAAAUUCUAGUUUUUUGACUUACUAACAAAAAUUUUCUCCUCACACAAAACUCUCCCAUUUUUUUUGUCAAACUUUCUGUGUACUUUUCAAUUUUUCAAAAUUUUCCUUUCUAACAAAACUCCAACCAUGUUCAGCCAACACAAACGCAUAGAUGUUUACGUACCACCGAUAAGCAGCUUUCCCGAAGCCAGCUUACUCGGCGGCUAUGACCUGCAGGAUCGCAUUGAGUUGCCCAAGUCCGUGAAGCUACUCGAGGAACAGGAUCCGAAUUUCCUUUACGUAAUCGAUAGCCGUGGUAGGCUUUUGGAGCAUAUAAGAUACCAGGGCGAUGAUUACAGGAUGGCACUCCGAGAGGCCUUCGCCACCAAAAACCACAUUGAACAUUCGGAUAAGGAGCCAGAACAGGGAGAAUUUCCAAGCUACUCGUGAAAACCUGCCUCUGCCCCUGAGAGUCUGCAGCAAAUAUAAUGAACUAUUUUUUCAAUUAAGUCACUUCAUUACUCGAUUGGCCGGAAAAACCAACCCAAAAUUCACUGUAAUUCCUGGCUAUAUAAGUUAAUAAUUAAAUUUGCAAGAGAAUAAAGUUAAAGGCGA